AUAAUUCAAGCGACUGUACCGCGCGCUGUUUGUAGAGGUGUAUGUUGUGGAUUCAUCGUGUUGAUGUAUUUUGCUUUUUACUGAUAAAUUAUUAGAUAUUUCUCGACAGGGUACCACACAGCAGGCAUGUUUAGCCCCCGCACCGCCCCGAGCUCCGGCCGCCGGCAGCAGGGCAGGACCACCGGGAGGAAGAGCGUCUCCGGAGCGGCCGGCAGCCUGCUGUUCUCCCCGCGCAGGACGCCUCUGUCGGCUAGGUCAACACCCACCCGAGUGCAGAGCCACGCGACUGCAGAAUCUCUCAACUAUGAUGUGCAGACCUUCGGCUCAUCGCUGCCUGUCAAAGUGAUGGAGGCGCUGACGAUGGCUGAUGCUGAUGACCAUAUCUCAGUGAAGGUGAAUGAGAGUGGAUGGGCCUGGAUGGUUUGUGGAGAGAGUCUGAUCAUCUGGAAGAUCUGCCAGACAGCUGUGGCCAAGCUGUCUGUCUGUAAGGAGCUGCAGCUGCCUGACAGCGAGUACAACUACACAGCCGACCUCGUAGACGUGACGUCCGCUGCUCCCCUGGAGACGGCCGCCGUUCAGUCCAUCUCCGUCCUGGUCAUGUCGGUGGAGGGAACGGCUCGCUUCUGGCCCAGCCUGGCCCAGGAGGGCAACUACACCGAGACAGAUGUGGACAUAGGAGACCUCUGCAACUUUGUUGUUGCUGUCAGAGGUGGAAGCUUCGUCCUGUCCUCAGAAAAGAGUCGGCUGUUGAGAGCGGGUGCGGAUUCUUCUGGAAAGCUGCAGUAUCGAGCUCUGCAGCAGGGCCAGGGCAUGCUGUCCGGCAUCGGACGCAGAGUCUCCAGCCUGUUCGGCAUCCUCUCCCCGCCGGCUAACGACACACUGCACAGCGUGCUGUGGGUGGGCGGAGCCAGCUGUCUGUACACGCUGACCAGCUCCAGUCUGAGUAAAUGGGAAGUGGACGAGAGCUCGGAGCACCAGAUCCUCAGCUGGGACGCCCAGAGAGCUCUGACGGAGAGUAUCGCUGACGCUAUCUGGGGGUCAGAGAGCAACUACGAGGAGAUGAAGGAGGGAGUGAAUGUGGCGUACCUGGAUAUGAAGCUCAGCCAAGCCGGCCUGGUGGUUUUGGCUGCAGCCUGGCACCCGGCAGACAGUCCCUGCCUGGCCUACUUCUGCCUGGUCACCCUACAGGACCACGGAGCCGCCAUCUCCGACCAGUUCACCGUGGAGGUCACCAAAUACAGCGCUCCGUUCCAGAAUGAGGAGGCCCUGCAGGCCACCCGGCUGGUGGUCCCGCGGUCCCCCGGCUCCACCGCCUUCCUCUACAACGAGGAGCUGGUGUUCGCCUGCUCCACGGGAACCAGCAGGGGAGGACUACCUGAUGAGAAAAUCAGCUUCAACUCAGCUGGUGAUGGUGUACGUGGAGGAGGCUGCUGCGCUAACCUGCCGGUGUUUUUCUCCCAGAACAGUGGCCUUGUGGCAGUGGUGGCCAGAGAGAGCGCUUCCAUUCUACCGGAGACCAUGGAGGACUCGCUGUGCUCCUCGCUGGCUGCAGCUCCAGAGGUUUCAGCCAUGGAGACGCCGACCAGAGCCGAACCCGUAGCUCAGGAGGACAAAACCAAACUGCUGAAGGCGGCUUUCCUGCAGUUCUGUCGUAACGACCUGGUCGGGGCUCAGACUGUUACAGACGAGCUCUUCCCUGCUGAUGGUGAUGGGGAGGAGGGAGCCGAGCUGGACGGCAUGGUGACCCGCAUCAACCUAGACCUGGUGGACGACUACCCGGCCUCCGACCCCCGCUGGGCCGAGUCUGUCCCCGAUGAGAGUGCCGGCUUCCCUCUCACCUCUCUCAUCAUCCUCCACCAGCUGGAGGACAAGAUGAAGGCCCACGGCUGCUUCAUGGACUUCCUGCUGCAGGUGGGUCUGCUGGACCGACUCAGUCAGGUGACGGUGCGUUCGUCUCCCAUGGCAACGCGCCUGCUGCUGUGUGAACAUGCUGAGAAGCUGCAGGUGGCCAUGGUGCUGAAGAACCACCACACCAAGCACGGUGAGCUGGUUAACCGGGCCAUCGGCGUCGCGUUGCAGAGGAACAACGCCGUCGUGCCGCCCAGCCUCACACCUGCGGACGUCUUCUUCAGAGAGGUGUCUCAGAUCUCCUCGGUGUUUGAUUGUCUGUUGGAGGAGGAGGAGCGGAGUCUGAAGGAGAAUCCGGUCGACUCUGUGCAGUGGGCCGAGGUUGUUCUCACAGUCAACAACAUCAUUAAGGACAUGCUUCAGGCUGCAGGUCAGUACAGAGAGACUAAGGCCUCUAUGUACAGAGCCUCUGAAAACGCCGCUGCAGAGCCCGAGUACAUCCCAUGGACAGCGUCAGGCGGUGUCGGCGGCAUUCGCACCGUCAUCUCCCGUCAACACGAGAUCAUCCUGCGCUCCGUGUACCCACAUGCUGACUCAGAGCUGCGCAGCGCCCUGUGUGAGCAGCUGGUGGCGCUGUUGGACAUCUACCUGGGCGGCUAUGUGGCCCAGCUGACCUCCCUGCAGCAGCAGAGGCCCCCAGGGGCCCAACAGGAGCGCUACAACAGCCUAGAAAUGGAGUACAGCCAGCGCCGCUCCGAGCUGCUGGCCCCAUUAUUGGAGCUGGGUCAGUACCAGUGGGUCGCAGCGCUGGCUGAGAAGUACUGUGACUUUGACAUCCUGGUUCAGAUGUGCGAACAGACUGACAACCAGAGCCGUCUGCAGCACUACACCACCAAGUUCGCCGACCAGAACUUUGCGGACUUCCUGUUUCGUUGGUACAUGGAGAAGGGAAAGAGGGGCAAGCUGCUGUCCCAGCCGGCCGCUCAGCACCAGCAGCUGGCCGGCUUCCUGCAGGCUCACCAGCAUCUGAGCUGGCUGCACCACAUCCACGUCCAAGACUACCAGAGUGCCCACAGGACGCUCUACAGCCAGGCCAACUCAGAGACGCGUUACUUUGUGAAGAAGAAGACUCUGCUGGCUCUCAGUAAGCUGACGGCGUUGGCGUCAAACCUGCCAGAGGACGAGGUCAACAAACAAGUCGAAGACAUCGUGGAGCAGGAGCGCUUCCUGCUGCACCAGGAGACUCUGCCCCGACAGCUACUGGAGGAGAAACAGCAGAACCCCGACACCAUGCCGCUGCUCAGCGCUCACAACCUCAUUCAGCUGUACAUCUGCGAUGACAACAGGGGAGCCAACGAGUACGACUUCAAAAAGGCUCUGGAUCUCCUGGAGUACAUCGACGAGGAAGACAUCGUGGACAUCGACUCUCUGAAAUGCGAGAUCUUCGGCAGAGCGCUCCGGAGAGACGACUGGUCCUCCGCUGACGGGAACGACGACCCUCUGGAAGCCGCCAAGGACAGCAUCUUCGUCAAGAUCCUUCUCAAACUCAUACAAGAAGGUGUUCCUCUGCAGACGUACCUUCCCGAUGUCAAGGAGCUUCUGGAGCUGGAUGAGCUGAGCAGUUUGAAAUCGAAGCCGUAUUUUGAAUUUGUUCUUCGAGCAAAUUAUGAACAUUAUCUUCAAGCGCAGAUGUAAAUCCCCCCCCCCCCCCCUCCCCAUGACCCUUUAAUACCUACUGCACUUCAGCUUUCCUUUGUAUUCUAAUCCUUUUGAAGAGUUGUUUGAGGAAUUGUGUCCUUUUCUAAAUAAAUGUGUUGAUAUUUCUGUA